AUGAAUCGCCGCGGGGGGAGGUGCCGGGCCCACUCCCUCGGGCGGGAAGGGGGAAGCGCCGAGGUUGCCUGACUGGAAUGAGGGUAGCUGCAGCGACGGGAGCGGGGCCGGCCAUGGCGGUGUGGACGCGGGCCACCAAAGCGGGGCUGGUGGAGCUGCUGCUGAGGGAGCGUUGGGUGCGGGUGGUGGCCGAGCUGAGCGGCGAGAGCCUGAGCUUGACGGGCGACGCUGCGGCGGCCGAACCCGAGCCCGUCCUGGGGCCGGCGGCGGCCGCCUUCAACGGCCUCCCGAACGGCGGCGGCGCCGGCGACUCGCUGCCGGGGAGUCCGAGCCGCGGCCUGGGGCCCCCGAGCCCGCCCGCACUACCGCGGGGCCCCGCGGGCGAGGCGGGCGCGUCACCGCCCGUGCGCCGGGUGCGGGUCGUGAAGCAGGAGGCCGGCGGCCUGGGCAUCAGCAUCAAGGGCGGCCGCGAGAACCGGAUGCCGAUCCUCAUCUCCAAGAUCUUCCCGGGGCUGGCCGCCGACCAGAGCCGAGCGCUGCGGCUGGGAGACGCCAUCCUGUCGGUGAACGGCACCGACCUGCGCCAGGCCACCCACGACCAGGCGGUGCAGGCGCUGAAGCGCGCGGGCAAGGAGGUGCUGCUGGAGGUCAAGUUCAUCCGAGAAGUGACACCAUAUAUCAAGAAACCGUCAUUAGUAUCGGAUCUGCCAUGGGAAGGUGCAGCACCGCAGUCACCAAGCUUCAGUGGCAGCGAGGACUCUGGUUCUCCAAAACACCAGAACAGCACCAAGGACAGGAAGGUCAUCCCUCUAAAAAUGUGCUUUGCUGCUAGAAACCUAAGCAUGCCGGAUCUGGAAAAUAGACUGAUAGAGCUACAUUCUCCUGACAGCAGGAACACCUUGAUCCUGCGCUGCAAGGAUACAGCCACAGCACACUCCUGGUUCGUAGCUAUCCACACCAACAUAAUGGCUCUCCUCCCACAGGUGUUGGCUGAACUCAAUGCCAUACUUGGUGCAACCAGUGCGGCAGGAGGCAGUAAGGAGGUCAAGCACAUUGCCUGGCUGGCAGAACAGGCAAAACUAGAUGGUGGAAGACAACAAUGGAGACCUGUCCUCAUGGCUGUGACUGAGAAGGAUUUGCUGCUUUAUGACUGUAUGCCAUGGACAAGGGAUGCUUGGGCAUCACCAUGUCAUAGCUACCCUCUUGUUGCCACAAGGUUGGUUCACUCUGGUUCCGGAUGUCGAUCACCUUCACUUGGAUCUGAUCUUACAUUUGCUACCAGGACAGGCUCUCGGCAGGGCAUUGAAAUGCAUCUUUUCAGGGUGGAGACACAUCGGGAUCUGUCAACUUGGACCAGGAUACUUGUUCAAGGUUGUCACGCUGCUGCUGAGCUGAUCAAGGAAGUCUCUCUAGGGUGCACAUUAAAUGGCCAAGAGGUAAGACUCACUGUUCACUAUGAAAAUGGAUUCACUAUCUCCAGGGAAAAUGGAGGCUCCAGCAGCAUAUUGUACCGCUACCCCUUUGAAGGGCUGAAAAUGUCUGCUGAUGAUGGCAUCAGAAAUCUGUAUCUGGAUUUUGGUGGUCCUGAGGGAGAACUGACCAUGGACCUACACUCUUGUCCAAAGCCGAUUGUAUUUGUGUUGCACACGUUCUUGUCAGCCAAAGUCACUCGCAUGGGACUGCUUGUAUGAGCAGCAACAAAUCAGAAAAGAGCCUUGAAUGAAUGUCACAAGAAAUAUUUCCACCUCAAAAAAGAAAGAAAAGAAAAGAAGCACAAAAAGAAUGCUCUUUGCUCUCUCCUCUAGCACAGUGCCUUGACAAGGACCUGCAAAUCACUGCUGAACCAUAACCAUGUUUAAAGAAGAGCCUACCUUUCACAAGCUACCUUGGCCAGAAAUACUAGGACCUCUAAUAAGUUCCAAAAUGAAGCUGUUGAUUUAUUUUCCAGUAUCACAAUGUGGUUUAUAAGUAAUUGGGUUUAUUUCCCCUCUUCAGGAUGGCUCAUUGUUUUUCUUUUUGAACAUAAGUAAACAUAUGAGAGUUGUUUUCUUGCUUUUCUUCCUGUAGGAGCUAUUUCGGGCUUAGCCUUGAUCUCUUAUUUAAGCCCAUUCCUUCCCAGAUGCUAGUUUGCUGUAGCUAAGUUUCUGUGAUUAUACGUUUCUUGGUUGUUUCUGAUGGGUUAUACAUUUUGUUGGAGUUUACUGUUCUUACUUGUUCCUGCUGCCUGUGAAGUGUGCAUCACCACGGGUUCUUCCAUCUGUCCUGGCUCUUGCUACAUCUCACUCCAGCCAUCACUUCCCACCUUAUUACAAGCUUUGCCCCUCGUAAGUGCUAACUUAAGGACUUAGAACUUGGAAAAUUUAAUUUUCCUCACCUUCCACUCCCUUUCUGGUAGUGAACAUGUUGAAGAGCAAGUUGGAGACCAUGUUUUAAAGAAAAGGUUUGCUUGUUUUAGGUUUUUCUGAUUUUACUUUAGGUAGAAGCCAGAGGAUGAUAUGAGAUUUAUUUUUAAAGAAACUCCUCAUUUUAGCCUAAGCCAUUUUUUACUGCUAACCAAUUGUGCCUUUGGUUAGGGCUAGUGGAGCUUUAUUGUCACUAUUUGAAUAACGGAUAUCACUGCCAUUCCAGGGAGAUCAUCUGUCCUAGUUUUGAGAAAUUAGUCUUUGAAGUGGGUUACCUUGACUGCAUCUUUUCUAGUUGGCACAUCCCUUUGAGAAAGUUAAUCUUGAAGAACCAGCUUGUUUAAAGCGUAGACUUUGCGGUGAAGCCGGCUUUUCAGCACAAACAUGUCAAUUCACUUUGAGCUGUGUGAGCCCGUGCAGGAUCCUGUCCCUGGCCCUCUCCCUUUGUGACAUGGACCAACAGCUGCUAAUUCAAGACUCAGUGUUGGUUCUACGCAUCCAACAGUGGGCAGGGUGACAAGACCAUGGGACAACCACCUAGAUUUUGUUAGGCAUUGCCAGAUGUCAUCAUUAGGACUUAGUAGUUGUAAGAUUGUUAGUUUUGUGGUAUUGGAAAAUCACACUCAGCUUAUUUUUUCCUAAUUAUGCAGGAGGUAUAUAUUUGACAUUUAAAAUAAUGUAAUAUCCAUAUAAUAUUCCAAGAUUAGCAGUGCCAGAAUCUGAAAGAAAAGAUAAUAUUGACUUGGAUAUUCUCUAUCCUUGCUGAACAUCAUUUACUAGAUGUAUCAGGAGUGCCAUAAGGGGAUGUGGAGGAGUGUGGCACUUGGAAGAGGAAAAAAAGAAAACACAGCUGUAUAUGCAAAACAUAAGCUAUUUGGCUUGAGUGCGAACUGGUAGGGAGGGCAUGUGAAAUAGACUUUUGAACAGAGUUUGUUCCAGUUAGUUCCAGUUAGACAUUGUAAAACCGGUCAGUCCUCCCCGACCGUGUGCAGUAAGAUUGACACAUGCAGAGAUGGGGGAAAGAAGUUUGUUCUUUCCCCAGCUCCACAUAAUGUUUCAAGGUCCAAAAAUGAAUUAUCUGAUCUGCUUAAAACUGUAGAAAUUAAAAUCUAGACUACAGUAUGUUUUUCAAGAGCUUUUAUGUUUUGAAAAUUCAUAAACCUAAUUUUAGUUCCAUCUGGGAAAAAUUUGCAAAUUGGGAAAGAAAAAAAUGUCUUGAAGGUCCAACCAUGUUUUCUGAAAGCACAAUUUCAACACAUAAUGGUUUGAGAUAACCGUACCAUUAAUAUGGGAAGUUUAAUGGUGCAGACACAGACUUCGGUGGCAAAGCCAUUAGAUUGAGGUUUCCUGUGUUAUUGUGAAAGGCUAAGCCACUGGGAAAAUUUGCAGGGGGAGCUUCUGGAGUCACUCUGCUCAUUAGUUAUAUGAAAAAGAGCUGUAAAAAAGAAGGUGAGCUUAAAGUUUGGGCAGGAGAGACGAAACGUGUGCAUUUCUGCUCCUUUUGUGCAAGCUUAAACUGUCAUAUAGAGCCAAGAUCAAUAGGGUUUUUAAUAAUUUGCCUUUCAAGUCUUGAUGUGAAAUGAAAGUAUAUGGGAGGUUUGCUUUGUCCACUAGCAGCCCCACGAGCAAGAGCCCUUAAGCUGCUUAUUUUAUGUAUUUUAACAGCUUUCCAAUUAUGGGUGACCAGGUUAUUUUUCAAUUAAGUGUGUGGCAUUUUCAAACCACAAAUGAAGUGUUUUUUAUGAAUGAGACAGCCUUGAUAAAUAACAUAUUUUGUAUUUAGAUGCCAUAAUAUGGCAAAUUAUUUUCAAAUGAUAAAUAGGCUUUUGAUAUUCCACCUCUUUUACAGUACCAGGUAACUUAAUUUCUUUUUCAUUUUGAAUUAGGAAAAUUAUUGAUAAUGUUAUGGGCUUUCCAUGUGUCAAAUAGAAGGGAAACUGCAGAGUAGUGUCCCCUCAUUCGGGUGGACCAAUUCCUCUGCCCACUGAGACCUGGGGCUUAGAAUCUUCUCCAUAUUCCAAGCAUGUGUCUGUAAGCAGCCAAUCAGUAUGUGAAAAGUCUCCCUCCUCUUUCCCUUAAACUUCUCUCCUUCUCUAGCUCCAUUAAAAAAAAAAAGGAAAGGAUCAGUUUUUUCUUUUCUGAAAAAGGUAAUUCUUUUCUUGAAAAGUCAUCAAAUGAACCUUACCCAGAAAUUAGCAUCCUAAUAUUUUAUGUGAAGAAAUACUUUAAUGUAUGUUUAUACAGUAUUUAUAAGAUAGUUGAACUUAUGUAAACUCACCUACCUGCUAGGCAGAGUUUUAUGUUAAAUGUUGGGACAUGUACAGGCAAUCGAAAAUAUUACUUUAAAUAUCAUUUACCCAUUUUAACACCGUGUUUUAGCACUUUUUAGGCCAAGUAAAGUCUGAUAAGGUCUGUUUUUUAUCAUCUGUACUGUCACUAACUUUGUUACUGAAACUUAUUACAAGGCAGGGGAGAUAGUAAAUUAUUUAAUUCUUGUAUUUUUAUAAGUAGAAAAAUCCAACAAAUGGCUAAAUUGUUACUAAUUAUUUGUUUUCUUAUCCUCCUAAGUAGGAUGGUAACAAAGAUUUUUUUAGCUGAUUAAAUGCAGUUAGCUGAUAAAAAUUUCUUUAAAAAAAAAUUAAGCUGUGUGGAAUAUGGACAAGAUUUUGUUUCUCCCAGAAAAACAGGUUUAACUGUAAAUGGUUUUGCUUGACAAGGAAUGUGACCACUUUGAUAAAAGAUUAUGAUGGAUUUUUUUUUUUCUGAGAAUCUCCUGGUCUUCCUAUUUAAUUUAUAUAUGCAUGUGGUGAUAUUUGUAUGUGUUCAAAAAUAUAGAAGACCCUCUCCAUAUUUUUAAUGCAAAUUACCUUGUAAGCUAAUAUGCAAAUUCUGUUAAAAGCCCUCCCUGCUUAAAGAGUCAAAUAAUUUUGAAGCGUUCAGGGAAAACCUGUAGACUUAAGCACUUUGUCUGCUUUUUUGUAUCUUAUGUUGGACACUUAUGCUGACUUAUAUUCUUUUUAUUUUCACUGGUUAUAAGCUAUAUAUAAAUAUAUAUAAUAUUUAUCCAAAUAUCCAGCAUACGUUUCCAUGUUGCUGCCAUCAUUGAUUGAUGCCACAAUUGAACUGUCUGGUUAGAAAGCCAAAGGUCUUCUUUUUUCAAUUCCUAAUGAAGAAAUAAAAUUCCAAAUUUCUUUGGUCCCAAAGAAAAUUGCUUGGAUAAGAUCUGAAUAUCUGUGAAAUAAAAAGAGACUUAAUUAAAUUUGGGAUUCUGCUUAAACUUUAAGUUGAAUUUCACAAUCAUCAUAUUAAUUCUUUUUAUAUAGCUCUAUCAGGUAUUAUAUGUGACAGGUUGAUAUUAUUGUCUACCUUGAGUUUGGAAACCUCUUUCAGUUAAAUUUGAAUUAUUAUUGUUGGUUUGUUUGGUGUUUUCCUCCUGAAUGUAAAAGUAGAGGAAUCUGCCACCUUCUAACAUUCUCUUUUGUGGUAAUUGCCUGGUAAUGGAGAAUUAUUUCCACUUUUCACAUACUAUCUAUCUUUAAAAUAUAACAGCAGCAGUUCUACUUAUUUUUUAAGCUUUUUUUUUCACUGUGCUGAUAAUUCUAAAAUAAUUACGCUGUAUAACAGGAUUAUGUAUUUUUGAGCAAUAUAGGGAUUCCUAUACUGUAAUAUUAAGUGAAAGUUAUUUUACACUGGUAAUAGACUGUUUAAGUGGCUGAUUUGAAACCCUUUCUCUAAAAAAAUAAAAACAAAAACCUUUAGUAGAUCAGUGAUACAAGUUUGUCCUCUUAAAGGACAGAGUUUCAAAUUAAGGUGCAGUAAACAGGCACUUAAGGCACAUCCACUUUCUUGUCUCUUGAUACUAGCUAAACUGCCAACCAGAAGAAUGGUUAUUUUAUAUAUUAACUUGGAAGACUAUUUUAACAAGAUACCUUCUUUUGUUUCAGAAUGUUAAAACUUGAGCUUAUCUCUUGCCACCUCUUAUUCUUACUUUCCCGCUUUGGGCAACUGAACCAAAGCAUAUUCCAGUUUUAAAAAUGAAUCUGCAGUUGAUGUAAUGUGUAAAUAUGCCUUUUGCAGAUGAGUGCUUGCUCUUCAGUGAAUAUUUGGUUAUAGUUAACAAAAAUCUACCAUAAGAAUAUAAUCCUUGAAUUGCCCAAAAAUAGAGUGGUUAAAACUAGAGAAAUGAUACUUUAUUAUAAAAUUAGGUAUCCGUGUAUAGUUUUAAUUUCUGAGUCCUCUAAAGUACCUUUCUUGGUUUUGCAGUAAUCUUAUCUCCAUGCCAUUGACACACAUGCGUUUUAGUUUUUUGAGUCCCUUUUUAUCCCAAUCACUUACAUACCCUUGGAACCUGAUUGUUCUAUCACUACUCUUCCAAAGUGACAGAAAUCAUGUAUGACUAGACAAAAUGUUCUUUGGGGACUCAGGAAAAUUUUGAAACUGCAAGGAUAAUUAAUUACAUUAAUUCAUGUAUUCUUUAAUUUAAUAAGCAUUUAUUAAUGCUCAUUUCUGCACCAGACGCUCAGAAGGGUCCAAAAGAAAGUUCCUGCCCUCAAGUAGCAUGUAAUCCAUUACUUUUCAGUCUCACCAUGCCAUCUAUUUAUCAAAGAGUGGUUAAGUAAUUAACCACUUUGUAUUUUUAUCAAAGUGCAUUUCUAGUUCUGCUUAUCUGGAUCUUACGAACUGGAAAAUGUUUAAAAGAUGUUUGAGCUUUGAUCUAUGCACAUUUAACUAGGUCAUUCUUUUCAUAAUGCAUGAAUUUUUUUUAAUGCAAAAUAGACUUUAGUUUGGGAGGGAGUUCAGCAUAGAAUAUCAGUAAGAUAAAUCACAACAAUAAGAAGUAAGCUCUAUCGCCCAAAGUGGUUCAAGGGAAUAUUUUUUAAAGAAAUGCUUCUUUUAAACUAUAAACAGUAAAGCUAAAUAUAUGUUUCAUCUACCCCCUAUUUCUAAGUUGUGCUAACCCAUUCAUCUUUUCACUGAUAUCCUUUAAACAUGUCAUUUGUUGAAAGUCCUUACACAUGGUAGAAAGUACUUCUUCAUUAAUGAUAGAUCACGAUGUACUUAAAACUUUGCAAAAUUCCUCUUACUCUGCAACACUCUGGCAUUGAAACUCAGUAAAAAGAGCACCUAAGGAAAAUAAGAGAUAUUGAUUGAAUAUUUCCAUAAUUUACAUACAGUCCCUUUCCAUCCAUUUAUCAUUAGGGUCAGCUUUUUGGGCAACAACUUUAGUUGUGCCCAAAAAGUGCCUGAGCGAUCUGUGAUUGGAAUGUCUUGUGAAACAUAGUCAAAUGGGCUUCUUCCCCUUUGUUUUCAAGUGUCCUGGAGUUGUGCACAAAAAUUAGGUCAUGCCUUGAGUGUCUUGGUCAUUACAUUAAACAUAACUCUUUGACAAUCAGGUGCUAAUGAUUGUGUAUUACUGGAACCAGCACAUGACUAUGGUAAUAUAAGAAUCUGUUCCUCCUAGGUUGGAAGAAGCACUUUCGUCUAAUCUCUGUCCUGUAUAAAUUGGUAUCAGUUAUGUUUUUCCACUUAUAUUUUGUGACUUGACAAGAUUUGGGGGAGAACAAAUGAUUUAAACUAAGUUUCAGGUUCAGGGUGUUUAAAUUUCAGGCAUAAUCAUCAUCUCAGUAGUCAUCUCAUCUUGUAACAAAUCUGCCCUUAUAAUAAGAACCAGUUUCAAAUCGUUUUCUCCAGUAUAGGACUCCAGUGUUACGUUUACAAUCUGUUGGAUGAGUUCAGCAUUAUAAGACUUUGGUGCCCAAAGAAUGUUUUCCCUUUUGAUACCAAACCUGAGAUCCUUCAGAAAACAUUGUGGCAAACCACUACCUAAGAAGGCCUAUUUUGGCUAAUUUGUGCAAAUUGUGAUUAUACCCACUUGUAUAUAUUCUGUCCUGUGCAACUUAACAUUUUUGUUACAUAGUAAGGCUUCAAAAGCUAGAAUAAUACUUCUACAGAGUUAAAAGUAUAUGAUAUUCUGGGUUUUUCUUCUUUUUAGGACCCUGUAUUUAAACAAGACUUCCUUUUAAGUCUUGUUUAAGAUAUAAGUCUCAAAUCUUCUGGCAUCACCAGGCUGCCACAUCAAAAACCCAUGGUAUAAAACAGGGCAGUAUUUGUUCUUAAUAUUAUGAGGAAAAAAAAAAAAAAAGUUUUAUGUGUACUCUGUAAGUGUAGAUGCAUAAGCAACACUUCCCCUUGAGUUGCAUAUCAGCAUAUAGCAUUGUACAUUACAAUGAAAAUUUGUAACUUAGGGGUAUUAUAUAUAUACAUACAUAUGUACCUUUGUAACCUUCAUACUGUAAAUAAAAAAAAUUGCUUUA